CCGCACCCCACGGGACCCCCCGGACCCCCACGAACCCUCCUUGAACCCCCUGGACCCACCAUGCAGGACAGCGUCGACCCCCACUGUGCCCUGGGUCCCGCCGUGGCCAAGGUGGAGCUGGAGGAGAUGGAGGCACCAGGAUGUGCCAGCUCAGUGUGGCCAGUGGUCCCCAAGGUGGAGGUGACCCCUGAAGGUGAUGGGGACAACCUGGAGGACCCGGAGCUCCACGGCUCAGGGCACUGGCUGGUGCGGAAGGUGAAGGUGGAGGAGGAGGAGGAGGACGAGGCCUGGGCGGCCGGAGCCGAGGCCCCACUGACUCCGCAGCCCCUUCCCGGCGCCGUCCCCCCCGAUCCCGCCGGGACGCCGGGAAUCGCCGGCGCCUGCAAAGCGGAGGAGCCGUGCCCGGAGGAGCUGGGGUACGGGGUGCUGCCAACCUGGGGGCUGGGGCAGCGCCUGGACGGCUCCGGGAUCGGGAUCGGCUUCGGCGCCAGGAUCGAGAUCGGCCCCGGGAUCGGGAUGUGCCCCGGGAUGAGCCCCGUCCCCGUGGGGCACGAGCGGCGCUCCCAGCCCGCCCCGCGGCCCUUCUCCUGCUCGCAGUGCGGGAAGGCCUUCGGGAAGAAGGCGCACCUGACGCGGCACCUGCGGGUGCACACGGGCGAGCGCCCCUUCCCCUGCCCCCACUGCGGGCGCCGCUUCCGCCAGCGCAUCCACCUGCGCUCCCACCUGCGCACGCACACCGGGGAGCGGCCCUACCCCUGCCCGCGCUGCGCCCGCCGCUUCCGCAAGAAAACCCACCUGGACCGGCACCUGCGCACCCACACCGGGGAGCGGCCGCACCCCUGCCCGCGCUGCGCCCGCCGCUUCGCCCACCGCCAGCACCUCCUGCGCCACCUGCGCCUGCACGGGGAGCCCGCCCAGGGGCACGGGCACGGGGAGGUGCCCCCCGAGGAGAAGCCGCCGCCCUGCCCGGGGUGCGAGACGGGCCUCGCCUGGAAGCAGAGCCCGGCGUCGCACCCGCGGCUGCACACGGGGCCGGCGCCGGGGGACGGGAACGGACACCUGGAUGGGCACCGGGAUGAGGACGGGGAUGUCCCCGCCGAGGAGAAGCCCCUCCCUUGCCCCCAGUGCGGGACGAGCCUCGGCUGGAAGCAGAGCCCGGUGCCACACCUGUGGCAGCACCUGGAGAACCGACCCCUGGGCUGUGCCGAGUGUGGCCACGGCUGUGCCCAGGACCCCCAGCACCCACCACAGGUGCCCGGUGCCCGGGACCCCCAGCACCUCCUGCAGCCCCCACAGGUGCCCGGUGUCCAGGACCCCCAGCGCCUGUCGCAGAUGCCCGGCACUGAGCACCCCUUCCCCCAGCACGUGUCCCAGGUGCCCCCCGCCCAGGACCCCCAGCCCGCCCCGCAGGCGCCCCCCGCCCAGCGCCCCUUCUCCUGCCCGCAGUGCGGGCGUGGUUUCGGGCGCAAGGCGCACCUGGCGCGGCACCUGCUGGUGCACACGGGCACCCGGCCCCACGCCUGUGCCCGCUGCGGGCGCCGCUUCAGCUCCAAGACCAACCUGGGCCGGCACGAGGCCGUGCACACCGGGCUGCGGCCCCACCACUGCGCCCGCUGCGGCCGCGGCUUCACCCGCAAGACUCACCUGGAGCGCCACGAGCGCACCCACAGCCGC